AUGAGACUCUUCGCUUUCGGCUCCAACGGCUCCGGCCAACUAGCCCUUGGCCACAAAGAAGACGUCUCAUCUCCAACACAAUGCCUCUUCUCCUCCCCCACCAUCCCAGACGACGAGAUCAUCCACAUGGCUGCUGGCGGGAAUCACACUCUGCUUCUCACGAAGCGAGGAUGUGUCUAUGCUGCGGGCUGCAACUCCGAUGGGCGGUGCGGGCCUACGCCCUCCACUGCAUAUGAUGAGAGCACCGGCAGCGUCGAUAAAGAUGACUUACUUCGCUUUCGUCGCGUUCUUCUCACGGACGAGACGGGGUUACCUGUUGAAUUCUUCAAGUGUGUUUCUGCGACGUGGGAGGGGUCUGUUCUUGUUGCCUUGAACAAGGAGAACGAAGAUAGAAUCUUUGUUCUGGGUUCUUCUCCCAAGGGUGAACUUGGUCUUGGAUCUGGUGUUUCUUCUGCGAUGAACGGUAUGUCUCUGUCUCUUUCGUUGCCGCCGGGGACUAGCAUUACUGCGUUGGCGAGUGGGAUGGGUCAUUCUGUGGCUGUUACUUCGAAUGGAGAUGUAUUGGGCUGGGGCGGGGCACGGAAGGGCCAACUUGGUGAUUCUCUUAAGGGUCAGAAGAUUUUAUGGACACCCGCGAAAGUUGAGGGGAUCCCAUUCCGCGCAACGGCUGCCGUAUGCGGACGUGAGUUUACGGUCAUCGUUGGGCAGCGUGAAGCUGGGGAAUUUAUGGUUCUUGGGGAUCGAGGGAAUCGGUGGGGUAUUCUGAAUGUUCCUUCUUUAGGUGGGAUGGGGUAUAGUGAUAUUGGAGCUAGUUGGCAUGGUAUUUAUGUACAUAUUGCUCCAGAGGCGGGGAACUCCAAGGCGCCGGUUAUUGCUUGGGGUCGCGAUGAUCGUGGUCAACUCCCACCUCCGAGGUUGCCUGAGCCUGUUCAAGUUGCUGUUGGCAGUGAGCAUGUUCUUGCGCUUUUGGAGGGCGGAGAGGUUGCGACAUUUGGUUGGGGUGAGCAUGGGAACUGCGGCCCUGAUACGGAUGAGAAGGGGAAUGUGGCCGGCACGUUCAAUUUGGUUUCGUUGCCGGAUUCUGUGCGCGCUGUUGGUGCGAAGGUCGUUGGUGUUGGAGCUGGAUGUGCGACAAGUUGGUUGAACGUGAAAUGA